AACUUAAGUUUGGCGCCGUUGAAACUCUGUAAAGUUAACAUUGUCGCGUUGCCAAUUAGGUAAACAGUGCAUAGUGAAUAUGUUGAAUAAGUUGGCAGCACCUUUCACUUCGCAUGGUGCUAUGCGUGAUACGUAUAAGUUUGCGAUUGAAUUGCAAUAAAGAACGUUGCACAUUUUUCUACUACAUAUAGUACCUAGUGCUGCAAACUGUUUGGUGAGGAGCCCAUCUGCCACAAUCAGCUAUUUGUGACGUCACAUUGUCAGCGAAUACAAAGAGCUGGCCACCCUUAUGUACUCACAACAUAGCUGCUAAUCGUGUAUGACGUCACAUUGCUAAGACACGCAGAGAGCUCACCCGCAUAUUUUGCACUCUGCGAGAAAUUUUAACAACGAGAAACAGCUGAAAUUAUAAUUGAACCAAAACAAAAGAAAUUGCAAUCAGUCGCAAUUUCAACUAUGCAUUAGUAAUUCAUACAGUUAAUCCAGACAGUUGUUGUGCGACCCAGAAAGCGUACUAAGGGACAGUUAAAGCUGAAGUUUAACCACAAGUCAAACAUUAAGGAGAGAUCCACGCUUAUCUUCGUGUGGUUUUCGUGGUUAAAGUUGGAUGUGGGUAACGCCCGCACAAUUCAAUUCAUUGAUCAUUUGCUGUACAAAGUGCGAAGAUGGUGGACAAUAAACUUACGCUGAAGCAGGCCGAGGUCUCUGUGCAGCGCUUCCAGGAGCAGGCUGUGCCGCAUCAUUUGAGUCUGCUCGAGAAUCAUCGGAGCAACAUUGAGAAGAGCCUCGCUCUGGGCGAUUGGCAUAAGAUCAAGAAAGAAGAAUUAAAUGCCAUGCGUGUAAUUAAACAGAUUAAAAAUUUACUGUUAGAAAUGGAUGCACUGCGUGAGAAGCUGAGAGAGGAGGAUCAAGCGCGCUUCGAUAAGCUGAUGAAGGUGGGCAAGGAUAGAGCUUUUGAGGGCAUGAAGAAAUUUUCAGAGUUGCAGCUAAAGUCGCCUAGUGCGCAGCAGGAUGACGAUCAGGACAGUCACUCCUUGGUGGAUGUUGACAAUGUGCCCGCUCUGCAUACACUGCCGCAACUGCAAACAAAUUUCCAGCUGGAGGAGCAUCAGCUAAUGCAAAGGCAAUCAUGUCUGGAGCAAAUGGAGCAGCUGCAGCACGAAAUUUAUGACCUAAACGGCAUGUUCCAUGGUAUGCGAGAACUGACGCAGGAGCAGGCAACCAGCGUACAAUCCAUUGCAGACAAUGCAGAGGAAGCUUUAGAGAAUGUAAAUGAGGGCGAAAGACAGCUAAGGAAUGCGUUGACUUACAAGAAAGCGAUGUAUCCACUUGUGGGCGCGCUAGUGGGCACCUGUGUAGGUGGACCCAUUGGUCUUGUAGCUGGAAUAAAGGCGGGUGGCCUUGCAGCUGUGGGCUGUGGCAUACUUGGAUUCACUGGAGGAUCUGUGCUGAAAAGCAAUCCAAACGUGAUGCACGGCAGCAUCGAGGAGCAGCAAGCACAGCAGCAGGAGGAGGGCAAUGAUUCCACAGAAACGCUCGAGCUGGCAGAGAAGUCCGAAUGACCAAGAAGCUAUUCGGGCGCCUUGGCAACAACGAACAUGUGGUCGGGCAAUAGGCGGCGUCUCGAAGCGGCCACCACGGGUGUCAUAUGCAGUGUGCGCAGCUAUUGUAGCCUACAGUAGGGGUUUAGGCAAAAAAGGACGAUGAUAACCUUCUUGAAUUUGUUUACGAGAGCAGAAGCUCUCAUUUGUUUGAGGAUAAUGGAUAAAUCACUGUGCAAUUCGUAUUUCAUUUAAGUUUAGACAAAAUUUAACUCAAUUCAAAUCAACUUUGACAUAUGCCAUUAAGGGAGCAGCUGCAAUUCUAGUUUUCCUAGGUCAAUCUUUCCAUUUUGCUUAGCAGACUCAGAAGAUCUAGUUUGUAAGUACAAACUCUAAUUCUCUCUUCAAUUCGAUUCUCAUUUCCUUUCUGACUGACUGACGAUGCGUAAACUCGUCUUGGGAUGCUCUUAAGCGCCCCUUCUUUCUUUUUGAAUUCCUUCUCUUGUCUAGUAGAAGAGUUGCUAACAGGGCAAAAAUUUGUGAUCCAUCAAUCUCCAUUUUGUGUAGGAAAGCAGUUGCUAUUCCUAUCUUCUCUUAUUUAAGAAACUCACUUCGAUACUUCUCACAUUUUCUUAUUUCAUACCAUCUUCUGACUCCAGAUUUUUCAUAUCUAUUCUCUUUGUCUCUGAACUAGUUUGAGCGUUAAAUAUUUGUUGUUUUAGCCAUGACAGUUACCAAGUAG